AUGAUGCUCCAAAUCAUCUUUUUCCUUCUUACGUUCUACGCAAACGCACAGUUCACCCCAACACGAAAAGGCAUUACAGCACGACCGACUAACCCCUCUGGUACGCUCGCGUCUGGCGCCUACGUACCAUAUCUUACGGUCCGGCCUAUCGGAGAAGAAACGCAGCAGAUCGAUCCGAAGGAUCCAGGUGGCCUCGACUGGGAGUUUGAUGUUGGUGUACGUAAUGUGGAAAAGCCCGGCGUCCCACCGCCUUAUGAUGAGCAAUCGGUGCCACAGUAUUGCAGUAUGGGAGUCCUCCCGCUGCCACCGGGGCAGACUCACACGACACUGGCCGGGAAUGCGCCUGCUGAAGCCUUGAUGUCCGUGCAGUACUUGACGUUCACUUCAACUCUGCAUGAAGAUACGCCCCCAUCGAAUCUGGCUUCCUUGACAACAUUGGCGAAAGUUUCAUCUUCAACCAAGCAGUCAUCGAGCCAGCAGACAGCCUCACAAACAUACAAACAGCUACCCAUGACAGCCUCGCCGUCGAGCACGGAAAAACAGCCCUUGAGCACCACAAAUACCGAGAAGCCAGCCGAGAAGUCAACCCGGCCCCUAGCAACAGAGCAGCCCUCGCUUCCUGGACCGUCUACAGUGGACUCCUCUUCCGGCCUACAGUCAAGCCAUCCUGCCUCAUCUGCCGUCGAAGAGCCCGCGUCAUCUUCUCCUUCUGUCAAAGCAUCGAUGAACAGUGCUCCCAUUGUCACCAGCCUGACCGCCAGCCCUGAAGAGCAAGAAUCACCAUCUCUCUCGCGAACGGAGACAAGCAUCCAUCAGCAAGUGCAACAGUCCAGCAUUCUCGCCAGCGGUAUGUCUGCCGACGGCAUCUCAGCCAACAGCCACCUCUCCAUCACAGAAACACACAUCGGCAGCGCCCCGAGAGAAUCUUCACUUGCAGCGCCCUCCACCAGUUCGCCGCAGGCGACCGGGACAGCAGCGGGUGAGACUGCAGAAGGGGAGACCGGCGCCGCCACCACCGUGCUUGCUACCGGGGCAGCAGUUGUCGUUGUCGGCCCAGCGACUCUUUCGCAGGUCCCGGAUGCCAACUCGAGCCCGAAUGCUGCGGGGUCCGACCAAGCCUCGAAUAUUGACAGCCUCACCGCGACACUCCCUGACAGCACUACAGCCGCGGGGGGAGUAGUCGUCGUCGCUAUAGGCGGUCAGACGCUUAGCUCGGCAGGCCAGACCGCCACUCUGAGCGGUAGCAAUGACGCUAGCAACGACGCCAGCAGCGCCAACGAACAGGCAACGGGCACAGCUCAUAGCGCACAACAGCAGCAGCAGCAGCAGCAGCAGCAGCAGAAACAACCGACACUCGCCGUCCUCCAGACUGAUUCCGCUGGCCGCACACAGCUCCUCGUUGGUGACAGCACGGUUGUCAGCGAUGUAGCUCUGGCGUACGCAACGGGUGCGAACACAGCUGCUGCUAUGGAUGGUGUUGUGAUUGCUGCCACUUCUGCUGCUGUUACAUCUGCCACUGAUGCUGUCCAAGGACAGGGGCAGGGGCAGGGGCAAGGAACCACAACGACAGACGGCAGGCAGACAGUUGAGGCUGCGAACAGUGCGGGUGCUAGCGAGGUGGAGACAUCUGCCUCUAGUGCCUCUGGAGGGCAGACGGUGUCGGUAGGUGCUACGAGUAAAACUUGGCUUUCAAUGAAUCCCAUCUCUGGACCUUACCUCAACGUCACGUCGGCGAAUCCGCCAGCCGCAACCACGCUCGCCGGAUCAUGCACCGCCAACUGCACCUACCAGUCCGAAGCUGCCGGCGCAUACGGCUGGACUAAGCGGACUUCCUGGGCGGGCACCACCUCGGUCGAGUACGCGAUCGAGUACCUCAUCGUCAACAACCGCACCAACACGACGCGCACCUCGACGUCUUACUUCACGCUACCCGCCGGCAUCACCGCUCUACCGACCAACGCCGCGGGCACGCGCACCCGCAACAUCACCGUCUCGCUGCCCACCGGCGCGGCGGGCAACUGGACGACUUUCGUAACCACCAUCGCCUACCCGUCGCGCUACACGCGCUACACCUCCGGCUACACAUGGUGGGGCGAAGUAGCUACGACCGACGCCGCCAACGGCGCAUCCAUCUGCUCCUGGGCCCCGUAUUACUUCUCCGGCACGCGCACCUACACCACGACGACGUACAACGCCGCCAGCAGCACCAGCGCCGCCGGGCUCUUCACCGACUUCGCGACCGCCGCGUCUGGCGCUUUCGUGCCGUUCGUCACGCUGCAGCCGUUCGGUGAUGACGCGGGGGCAGCCGUCGAUCCAGACGACCCGGCCGGCAUCGACUGGGAGUUCGACCUCGAGAUUCCGCGCGAGUACGUGGCGGGCGUGCCGGCGCCGUAUGAUCAGGAUGCCGUCCCGCAGCUGUGCGAGACGGGGCUGGUGCCGCUGCCGCCCGGACAGGGCCACCAGACGUCGAUGACGGCGCCGGUGGGGGUGCUGUCGAGUGUGCAGUAUUUGACGCUGACGUCGACGCUGCAUGAGGACACGGGGCCGGAGACGACGACGGCGAAGGCAAGUCCGACGACCACCGCGGAGGAAGAGUCGCCGUCCCCGGAGACGAGCCAGGCCGAACAGCCCUCGCCGACGACGACGGUUGCGCCCCCGCCGCAGUCGCAGACGGAGGACGCUUCUCCCUCGCCGUCGAAUCCCCCAGCCUCGGAGCCCGUAACCUCGUCACCUACUGAAGACGAGCCGACGACGACCAGCAACCCCCUCGGCGUCAUCAUCUCCGCCAUCGCCAGCAGCGCCGCGGCAGCAGAAUCGACAGCCGCUGCCGCCCCGCCCAACUCCGCAACCACCGUCCCCCCAGUCGUGGUCGUCCCCUCCAGCAGCGCUGCAGACGCUGCCUCCGCCGGCUCUCCCCUCGCCACCGACGCGACAACCGCCCUCCCACCCACCGGCGUCGUCAUCAUCGGCUCCGCAACCCUCUCGCAAGUCUCGAACGGCGGCGGCAGCCCGGCCACUACCGCCGCCAAUAGCGGUAGCAGCAGCAACGGCGGAAACGGAGGCGGAGGCGUCAUCGUCAACAUCGGCGGGCAGACACUCAGCUCCGCCGGCCAAACCGUCACGCUCAGCGGCAACGACGCCGGAGGCCAGCAGCAGACCGCCACGACCCUCGCCGUCCUCCAAACCGACGCAUCGGGCGCUACGCAGCUCGUCGUCGGCGGCAGCACCGUCGUUGGGGAUGUUGGUGGGGCGUUUACAUCCGGUACUUCUGCCGCGGGCGCGGGGCAGCAACAGGGGAGCGGGACGGCCGUCGUCGUCGUGGGCGGGCAGACGGUCGAGGUCGCCAGCGCUCUGGCAGCAGGCGCGACGGGGACGGCUGGUGGUGGUGGAGUUGUUGUGAUCGGCGGGCAGACGCUCGAGGUGGGUGGGCCGAGCACGACGGUGGGAGGGGUGGCGAUUGGCGCGCAGACGGACGAUCAGGGGCGGACGGAGGUGGUUGUGGGUGGGGCGACGGCGACGGUGGGGGGUAGCGGGGGGACGACGACCGGCGCAGCGGUGGCGACGGUGGGGAGCGUGGUGGUCUCUGAGGGGGGAAGUGCGGGCGGUGUGGUGGUUGGCGGGCAGACGGUGGAGGUGGGAGCGAGCGCGACGCUGAGCGGUGGGGAUGUUGUCGUGGUGCAGACGGCGGCCGGGGGCGCGACGCAGGUUGUUGUUGAUGGGAGUACGGUGGCGCUGCCGACGGCGAGUGCUGGUGGCGGCGGCGGCGCUGUUACUACGGUGGGAGGCGUGGUCGUGUCGGAGGGGAGCAGUGGUGGUGUGGUGGUGGGCGGGCAGACGGUGCAGGUGGAUGGCACUGUCACGCUGAGCGGCGGCUACGUCGUCGUGGUUCAGACGGGCGCGGGCGGAGCUACGCAGGUCGUCGUGGACGGGAGCACGGCGACGCUGCCGACGGCGGCGAGCGCUGUUGCCACUACCUUUGCGGGCGAGACGGUCAGUGUUGCGCCUGGAGGCGCCAUCGUUGUCGGCGGCCAGACUUUGACGCUUGGUCAAACGACGACGCUGAGCGACGGAGAGGUCGUCGGCCUGCAGACGGGCGCCGGCAGCGUGACGGAGCUGGUUGUUGAUAGCUCUACUGCUACGCUCGCACCGAGUGGCUCUGGGCUUGGUGGGCUCAUUUUGAGCGGUUUGGGAGCUACCUCAAGCGGCAAAGCUUCGAGCACGCGCGUUGUCAGCUCGACGAGGACUUCGUCGGGGGAUGAUGGCGAAGAGACUACGAGCAGCGGGACGGCUGCGGCGGCGGCUUCUUCGACCGCUGCAGGAGUCAAAGCUGCGUGGGCUAACAGUGAGGUGAUUUGGGUAAUGCUUGUUAGCACCGUUGUGCUGCUUGUGGAGGCUUAA